AUGUUCAAGAAAGAACCACAUAUCAAGGCCCUGAGUAACCUUAAGAAUUCGGAGCGGAAGAAGCUGUUGACAACAUGUAAAGAACAGGUUGAACAGGGUGAUUACGCUUUUCCUUCGCAAAUCGUGAAGCAAACUACGUUCAAGACACCUUUUACCACUGGCAUUGUCUAUACGGACGAUCAAAACACUCCGAUAUGGUUCAAAGAGAAGUUUAGUGAGUUGCUUUAUCCCACUGUAUACACUUGCUGGGAAAACCCGAAUCUAUUGCCGAUUGUUCUAGCGCAUGAAUACGUUGUUGAAGAAAAACUGCUACAAGGUGCUAAUCUCAUGCUUCCCGGCACUGUUCCGCCUUUCGACGCAUGUUGCAAGAAAACUGCGUUGGUUGGAGUGGCUAGCACGAAAUAUCCACGGACUGUAAAGGCCAUUGGCAUUGUUCAACUGGAUUUACCCUCUUUCGAGCGCGUUGUAGGUCAGACAGGUGUUGCCGUCGAAAUUGUCCAUCACUUCGAUGACCAGCUAUGCAAAGGUAUGAAGAUCAAGUUGCAACCUCCCGACCUUGGAGAAAUGGCGGACGUCUCAACAGAGUCUGAAGACGAGGAGGACUUUGUGGAGAAUAAGAAUGAGAAAGGCGCUGAGAACUUCAAGCAUGGGGCCGAGCCCAAGGAGCCCAUUGCCGCUUUUGAGGACGUAAGUGAGCAGCUCGAGCAACUCUCAGUAAAUGAAGUGGAUCACUUUAUAACCCGUUCCUUGUACUACACAUUGACCCAAGAACCGGCAGUUGAUCUCCCUAUUAGUGCUUCGAACUUCGUCUCAAACCACAUCUUGCGGAAUCUGCCGCCGGUGGAUCACUCCCAGGUGAACAUAAAGAAGUCCAGCUGGAAGAAAAGUUCUAAGUUUCUCAAACACUUCGAAAAGGAAGGGUUUUUGAAGCUCAAAGGCAAAGGUGACGACAUAACUGUUGUUGGUGCCACCAAGGACAAAACAGAACUCAAAAGCUUUGUACCUUACAGACGUGGAGACCCAGCUAGUGACAAGGGGACGACAACUACGUCUAAGAGUGAUAAAACUACAAUGUUGGCCGCGCAUUCACUUUACAAGCCCUUGAGCAAUGCCAAAGACUUUGUCAAGGUUACUGAUCUGCCACCUAAUCACUUGUUCUCAAAACAAGACGUUAAAGCUGCCGUGGACAACUAUAUCACAGCGAAAAAGCUGGUUAACCCGGAGAACAAAGCGACCAUUAUUCUUGAUGAUCUACUGUUUUCCAUGGUGAAUCGCGCGACGAAAAAAGAAAACGCCAAGAGAAUUGUUCCAAGGGCUCAAAUAAUGGAGCCUCUACUAGCACACAACUUUGGUGAGCAUUUCGUAGUCGUGAGACCCGAUGGCUCCUCACUUUUCAAAAAUUCACUAAGAGGAAGCAUUCCUCAAAUUAAGAUCGUUACGGAAAUGAAAAUUGGAAGAAAAGUCGUUACAAAAGUCUCGAAUUUCGACAAAUUCGACAUCGAUGCCAGCGAGCUCGCUAGUGAACUGCGCAAGAAAUGCAGCGGUUCCACAACGAUUGGUGAGACCGUUUCUUCACCAAAGACACCAGAAGUGACGGUUCAAGGACCCCACGGACCCACAGCGAUCGAAAUUUUGAAUGAGCAUGGAAUACCUACCAAGUGGAUUGACUUUACGAACAAGAUCAAGCCUAAGAAGAAGCGUCAGCACUAG